AUGGGAAGGCGAUUUACCUCCCAAUGUGACGUGCUACUAGUCUCCAGCUUAAUCGGAUGCGGUCCAAUCGGAGAGACGUCCCUACUCUGCGCACUCGCCGGCGACACCACCAAAAGUCGUGUCGUCGCCAACUACUCGCCCACAUCGACCCAGCUCGAAGCCAUCAUCCACUACGCCACUUCAGAGGUGGUCCCACAGCAGUCGCUGGGUGAGAUCACGGUCACCUUCGAGGCGCUCAAGUCACGCGCCCCCUGCAACUUCCUCGUCUUCGUGCUCGGCCAUGACUGUGCAGUAAGAGCUUGGUGUGUUUUGUGGAGCAUCAACGAUUCCCCCCCUGUGAUAGAAGCUACUGGUCUUAUUCUCCGGCUCUGCUUUGGUUUUCCUGGUCUGACUUGCAGCGUUUUUGGUGAUUCCCUCUCAGCCCCUGUGAUCAAAGCUCCUGCAUGCGUUUUUGGUGAUUCCCUCUCAACCCCUGUGAUCAAAGCUACUGCAUGUUCUUCUUCUUCGGCUGCUCUUCUUCUCCAACGUUGUCUCUUCCCCUUCACCACCACUCAUUCUUUCCACUUUCCCCUUGUCCCCCGUCUCUCCGGCUUGCACAAAACAAACGGUGAGACUCACGUUUUCCUGCAUGAUGGUGAUCAGACGGUGGAGAAGAUGUACGCAGAGGAGUUCCUAUGCAGUAAGAGCCUAGUCAAGGGGGUAGAAAACUUGAAGACGACUUUGAGAUACCUAAAAGCAUUCCACCUAUCAUAG